CUGACACAAAUCCUGAGUACAGAAUCUGUCCUGUCUAUACAUCUCAUACUGGGUCAUAUACCUGUAUGGGUGUAAAGGGAAACAAGGAAUCCAUAACCAGUGAUGCUGUACAACUGACCGUGUCAUAUCAAUCCAAGGCUGUCCUGAGUAUCUCUCCUCAGUGGAUGAACCCUGGAGACUCAGUGACUCUGAACUGUGAAGUUAAAGAGUCGUCUACAGGCUGGAGGUUCUCCUGGUAUAAGACUGUUCCCUACAGAGCUGGGUUACCCUCUCUAUUGGACAAGUCCUACUCUGUAGAGCCCCUAUCUGGAUAUGGGACUACUGAAGAGUCUUACACUCUGAGUCCUGCUGGUCCUACUGACACAGGAGGAUAUGUGUGUAGAGCUGUGAGAGGAGACCCAGUCUAUUACACAGACUACAGUGAACCUCAGUUUCUCUGGUCAGGAGAUCUGCAGUCUUCAGUGUCUCUCAGAAUAAGUCCCAACAGAACUCAGCACUUUACAUCAAAGUCUCUCUCACUGACCUGUGAUCUGAAGGGGAACUCUACUGGAUGGAGACUGAUGAGAUACACAGAGACAGGAGUGAAGUCAGGGUGUUCCCCUAACUGGGGAUCAAUAACAGGGUCCACAUGUACCAUCACCUCCACAGACACAUGGGACAGUGGAGUGUACUGGUGUGAGUCUGGAUCAGGACAGUACAGUAAUGCUGUCAACAUCACAGUGUCUGGUGGUGAUGUGAUCCUGGAGAGCCCUGUCCAUCCUGUGACUGAAGGAGACUCUGUGACUCUUCUCUGUACACAUAGAAAUCAACCACACACUAACCCCAAGGCUGAUUUCUACAAAGAUGGAGUACUCAUCAGUAAUGAGAACACAGGAGAGAUGACCAUCCCUACAGUAUCAAAGUCAGAUGAAGGUUUCUAUAAAUGUAAAUCAGAUCAAAUAGAAUCUCCUGAAAGCUGGGUGACAGUGAGAGUUCCUGUAUCCUCUACAUCAGUCCUAGUAGGAGUGGUUGUGGGUCUGGUUGUUGUUGCUGUUGUUCUACUGACCAUCUUCUUGAUCCUACUUUGUCAAUACAAACAAAACAAAGGUUUUUGUUCUAACAGAAUAUUCUGAGCACCAACCAGG